AUGUCGGAUAAAGGCCUAGCACGUAACCUUUUUUCGGUUGGUCCUCCAUCGGGUGGUAGGCCAUCCUCUUUGCCUGACCCUAAUGGCCUUCCACAUAUCCCUCUUACAGGUGGUUCUAUACAGGGAGCCAGGUCAUCACCUUUGUCUGACCCUAGUGGCCUUCCACGCAAUGCUCUUACAGGUGGUUUUAUAUUGGGAGCCAGGUCAUCGCCUUUGCCCGAUCCUAGUUGCCUUCCACAUAACAUUUUUACGGGCAGUUUUGUAUCGGGAGGGAGGUCAUCUCCUAACCUUAGUGGCCUUCAACACAACCCUUUUUUGGGUGGUUCAGCAUCGAGAUCCAGGUCAUCGCCCGGUCUUAAUGGCCUUCCACGCAUCCCUUUGGCGGGUGGCCUUUCACGCACUUCAGUUAGGACGACAAGGCCGAUAUUCUCAGGGAGUAGUAGCAUGGGUGCCAUAAAUACCCACAUGGGCUUGACUGAUGCUAUAGCAGAUACAGGAGUGUAUUGUAUGUUUGGGACACAAAAAAUUCAUCGGGCGAUCUUAAAGAUAUUUUGGCAGUCUGUAAAUGAACCUUGGAUUACUUAUAGAAAAAUUCCGCUGGGAGUUGUCACUCAAAUUUUUGAGCGUUUCAGGACUCAAUACCGGUGGGAUCCAAAUGAAGAAGGGAGAAUUCUUGAAGGUUUCGAGAAUACGCUGAAAGAUCGCUACAGGGAUAGAAUGCAGGAUGCCAGGAAAGCAUCGACAAAUUCUGCAAGAAAAGUUGGGCACGUUAUCGCAAAGAUUAGUGAUGACUUUGAGAUUCUUGCAAAUUACAAUCUUGAUGAAAUACAUAGAGAUGUUUGGCGACGUUUGUGUAGGAAAGAGUUGACGGGUGAAGAUCCCUCGUUCAUUGAUCUUUAUUAUAAGACACAUCUUACCGCCGAAUCAAAGAAAAUAUAUUUUGGGGGUGAUAAAGAGGCACCGGUGGAUUUUGUGAAUGAGACAUCUAGGGUGGCCAUCGAAUCAUAUAACAAAGCCCUAUCUCAAAAAUAUGGUGAAGAUCCGACUCAACAUAAUGUGAAUGAUCCUGAAUUAUGGACCCAAACACAGUUGAUUAGGAAAGGCGGGAAACAAAAAGGGUCCUAUCUAUGGGGCAGGAUCCUCAGAUCUUCACUUUCUGAUGACGGGUGCAUAUUCUUCUAA